AAGAGGAGUACAUAUUCUCUAGAAUACAUCUAUGUGAUAGAUUUUACACAGAGAUGUGUGGGGAGAGGCACAUGUACAUGUACACGUCAGCAAUAUGAAGCCGUUGCUCUAACUCUAACGCAACUUCCUCCAGCCCUUCGCGGGGCAUCACAGUUCACUAUGGACUAAGACUGGGCCAUUGCGAGGGUAGGGGACUGGAAGCUCUUCAAAGAGGAAGCCGCCGCUCUGUCGUUUGUAUUGUCUGGGGGAAGACGAGUUACACGAUGUAAACUCUCCCACCUCUAAGGCUUUCAAAAAGACCUAGUGGCCUAGUCAAAAAGAGUGUUCUUCCGAUAACAUUUUAUCGCCGCAGUUUAAUCCACUAUGUCUAUGAUCCACUCUGCAUCUGGAUUAUUGAUUCUGUUCUUCUUUCUGACACUUGCUAUCGCAAGCAAUGUUCCCCCCGUCGAUUACGAUGUCAUCAUCGUCGGAGGUGGUCCCGCUGGUCUCAGCGCGUUGAGUGGCUUAUCCCGAGUCCGGAGAACGGCGUUGAUGGUCGACUCUGGGAAAUACCGCAACCUGUUGACAAGACAUAUGCACGAUGUCAUUAGCAAUGAUGGUGUGUAAAUGUGAAAUGCACAUCAUUCCUCGCAUACCCUUAAAGGGAGUUCGGUUUUGUUGAUAGUUUCGUAGGCGUGGAUCCGUCAUUCUUUCGGCACAUAGCCCGCGAACAAAUUCAGAGAUAUCCAACAGCAGAAAUGAAAAAUGGCACAGUUUUGGAGAUUACUCCCGUGAAGUAUUCCUCUGAUAACCUGCCACACUUUAAGGUAGAGAUCGAUAUGGGCAGCGAAGGAUCUUCUUCCCCAGUUACUAAACUGGCGCGAAAAGUUAUCCUUGCCACGGGUAUGGAAGACGUUCUCCCAGACACUCCUGGUAUAAGAGAAGCUUGGAGUCAGGGGAUCUAUUGGUGUCCCUGGUGUGACGGGUUUGAGCACCGCGACCAGCCCAUUGGUAUCCUGGGCGAUGUGACAAGCACUCUGGACAAUAUAAUGCAUAUCGCCACGAUAAACCACGACAUUAUGGUUUUCACGAAUGGCACGGAGCUUCCAGCAAGUGAGACAUAUGGGCUCGAAACAUACUACGGCAUCACAUACAACUACUCCCCCAUCAAGAACAUCACCCGCCUUCAAGACGGUGGAACUCAUUUCGAUUCUCGGAACCAAUCAGAGUUCGACGUUUUCACGGUCCAUUUCGAAGGCGGCGCUCAACCUGUGAAUCGAUCUGCAUUCUUCACAGCGUUCGACUCCAAGCAAUGCUCCGACCUACCCUACAAGCUGGGGCUGAGAAUGGUUAAUGGAAAGAUUGAUAAUAAUUUUAGGGGGAUGGGCACAAGUAUGCCGGGUGUAUAUGCCGUCGGGGAUUGUAAUAACGACGAUAGCACCAAUGUUGAACAUGCAAUGUUUAGUGGGAAGAGAGCUGCAGUUGAAAUACAUAUUCUCUUGGAACGCGAAAAUGCGACGGCUAUGGGCAUGACGCUGAGUAAACGUUCUCAACCCUUGAGCAUCCGCGAGCUGGAGGAGAGAAUUGAAAAGGAAAUUGGCAACGAGUUUGAAAGUUUGUGGCGGGCUGGGAGCCGAUCUUGAUCGGGUAAUUAUUGAUAAGCAUGGUCCCACUGUACUAUGAGAAUGAGACGGAAAGGAAAAAAGGGGGUUAAAAAUUAGAGGUAGAGUUAUUUUAGAUUUUCUUGGGUAUGAACGGCGUCCUUUGAAUGAAGGUGAUAGGUACGCCUAGGCAAUCGGAGUGCUUGAAUGCAAUUACUUGCUCAGAUCUCUCAGACCACAUAGGAUAAUUUCUGGGGGGAGUUCACCCCAAAGCCACCCCAAAGCCCGCGAUUGCAUGAGUAAUACUUCCACCUUGGAUAAGGAAUGUA